AUGGACGACCUCAUUGCGGCAUACGGUGACGGUGGCCGCCGUGCAGCGGCUCCACAACCUCCUCCGCCAUCAGGAGCGGCGCCGUCGACACAGCUCGCUGUUGUCGCCGCUCCGCGUGUCGCACCGCGGGCAGGCGGCGGCCGACUCACGGCUUCGUCGGCAUAUGCGGUCUCGGGUGCGCUGGUCGUUGCCGGGCCGCACCACCCGCAGCUGGACGCUGCGCGCGGUGCGGGCGCUAGCCGUGCACAGCCAGUCGCCUUUGAGCAUGCGGCGUUCCAGGACGCUCAGCGCGCGGCGAACAAGCGGCUGCGCGGCGCCCGGCCACGCGCUGGCGCCAAGCGGGCCCGCGGCGAUCCGGGCUCUGUUGACGACAACCCGGUAGCGUACCUCGGCCCGUGGGCAGAGUACGCCGGCGCCAAGACCAAGCAGGUCAUCACGCCCGAGCUCGAGGCGUACAUGCGCGAGGCCAAGCGCCGCAAGCGGAUCAAGGACGGCCUCGAUCCGGACGCGCCGUCGGACGACGGCGGUGAGGGCAACGACGCCGCGGCCGAUGCCGCUGUGGGCGCGAGUGCGUCGGGCGCCGCCGCUGAGGCGGAGCCGGUCGCCGCCGAGCCUGCGCUUGAGGCAGCCGCUGGCCCGUCGUCCACCCCGGCGCCCGCAGAGGUGUCCACCUUUUACGGCGACGCCCUCUUCGACUACCAAGGUCGGUCGUGGCUGGCGCCGCCGGCCGGCGUCAAGGCCUCGGCCCUCGACCUUGUGGCCAAGGUUCCAUCCAAGUGCCACUACACCUGGUCGUCCGGCUCCGACAAGGGCUUCUCCAAGAUCCAGCUCUUCCCCGGCACCGGGCACCUGCUGCUCGCAGCCUCGCUCGAUGGCCCCGCCGGCGUCAAGGACAUCAACUUUAACCACGACGGCUCGUCGUUCCUCACCGCCUCGUACGACUCGACCGUCAAGGUCUGGGAUACCGAGACCGGGGCCUGCAUCCGGACGUACGCUCUCGGCGACGGCGUCCACCCCAACUGCGCUCGUUGGCAGCCGAACCCGACCAUCGAUCCCUCGUCGUUCCUGGCCGCCCUCUCGUCGUCGCGCAUCGAGCAGUUUGAUGUCCGCGCCGACUCGCCGGCCUUUACCCAAGAGUACAAGGAGCACCUCUCCGCCGUCCACGGCAUCUGCUUUGUCGAGGGCGGCAAGCGCUUCGUCUCAACCGGCGACGACAAGGCCGUCCGCGCCUGGGAGUGGGGUAUCCCCGUCCAGAUCUCCAACGUCCGCGAGCCGCACAUGCACGCCAUGCCGACCAUGGCCCUCCACCCCAAGGGCAAGCACCUGGCCGGCCAGUGCCUCAACAACCAGAUCCUGAAGCGCUUCAUGGGCCACAACAACGCCGGCUACGCCCUGCACUUGGCCUUCUCGCCCGAUGGCUCCAUGCUCUCCUCCGGCGACGCCUCGGGCAAGCUCUGGUUCUGGGACUGGGGCCACUCCCGCAUCAUCAAGUCCUUCAAGGCCCACUCUGACGUCCUUGUCGACGUCGCCUGGCACCCGCUCAACCCCUCGUGGAUGUUCACCGCCUCAUGGGACGGCACUGUCAAGUUCUGGAAGUAG